CCAUUUCUACACUCUGCAAAUUAACCUAAACAUAAAAAAUAACGCCAAACUUUUAAAAAAACUCACCAUUUUUGAAACAGAGAGCAUCAAAAAAUAAUUAAUUUAAUUUUUGUAUUUGUUGAGAAUGAGCAUGAAGACACCUGCGACGAGGACUCGAGUUGGAAAAUAUGAAUUGGGGAAGACUUUAGGCGAGGGAACUUUUGCGAAGGUUAAAUUCGCGAAAAAUGUCGAAACCGGUGAUAACGUAGCCAUUAAAAUCAUCGACCGUGAUCAAGUUCUCCGUAACAAGAUGGUCGAACAGUUAAAGAGAGAGAUAUCCACGAUGAAGCUAAUUAAGCAUCCUAAUGUCAUCAAAAUUUACGAGGUAAUGGCAAGCAAAACAAAGAUUUACAUUGUAAUUGAGUUUGUUGACGGCGGCGAGCUCUUUGAUAAAAUUGCAACGCAUGGGAGACUAAGAGAGGAUGAAGCCAGGAGAUAUUUUCACCAGCUUAUUAAUGCCGUGGAUUACUGUCAUAGUAGAGGAGUUUUCCAUAGAGAUUUGAAGCCUGAGAACCUUCUUCUUGAUGCAUAUGGUAUUCUUAAAAUUUCAGAUUUUGGUUUGAGUGCAUUGUCGCAACAAGUGCGGGGUGAUGGACUGCUUCACACUGCUUGUGGAACCCCAAAUUAUGUUGCUCCUGAGGUGCUGAAAGAUAAAGGAUAUGAUGGAACCACGUCUGAUGUUUGGUCUUGUGGAGUCAUUCUGUAUGUACUUAUGGCUGGAUACUUACCCUUUGAUGAACCUAACCUUAUGGCUUUAUACAAAAAGAUAUGCAGUGCGGAUUUCGCAUGCCCAUCAUGGUUCUCAUCAGGUGCAAAGAAAUUGAUAAAGCGCAUUCUUGAUCCAAACCCUCUCUCACGUAUAGCCAUUUCUGAAAUCUUAGAAGAUGAAUGGUUCAAAAAAGGAUACAAGCUUACACAUUUUGAGUGGGAAGAGGAUGUAAAUCUUGAUGAUGUAGAUGCUGCUUUUGAUGACUCUAAGGAAAAUCUAGUGACGGAAAAGAAGGAGAAACCUGUGUCAAUGAAUGCUUUUGAGCUUAUUUCCAAAACCCAAGGAUUUAGCCUUGAAAAUUUGUUCCCAAAGCAGCCGGGUUCUGUGAAACGAGAAACAAGUUUUGCUUCUCAUAGCCCUGCAAAUGAAAUUAUGUCUAAAAUUGAGGAAGCUGCAAAACCCAUGGGAUUUAAUGUUGACAAGAAAAACUACAAGAUGAAGCUGAAGGGUGACAAAAAUGGAAGAAAGGGUCAGCUUUCUGUUGCAACUGAGGUGUUUGAGGUGGCACCAUCAUUGCACAUGGUGGAGCUUCGCAAAGUUGGUGGCGACACAUUGGAGUUUCAUAAGUUCUAUAAAACCUUCUCGUCGGGGUUAAAAGAUAUAGUCUGGAAAUCUGAAGCUACAGUUGAACCAAACAAGUCCUCAUUACCUUAACCUUGCUACAAUUUAUAGAUUUGACCUGUGGUGCAAGCCACUUGUACGCUGGCGCGGUGGUUUGAUGACGGUGUGAUGAGGAUUAUGGGCCUUGCUUUCUCUCAACACCAAUGCCGCCCCCAGCAUUAUCAUCCUCCCGACUUGUUUCUCCUCUUGUUGAUCCAACAAAAUUUAGCGAGUCUCGCAUGAGACAACAGUUCAUGUACAUUGGGGAAUAAUUUAUGGAGAUAUAGUGUAUAUGAAGAACAUGUUGCUCUAAACUUCUGCCAUUUUCCCCCUUAAGAAAAGGAAUAAAUGUUUUUUUUUUUCGGGCUUAUGAAUGUAGGGCAAAAUAUUACUUGCACAUCUGUUUAGUCAAUAUUUUGUUGACUGAAUUGUUUACACAACUGUAUAAAUUACAUAUGAAAAGUUAAUAAUAAUAUAUGCAUAUA